AUGGUGAAGGCUGUGGCAGUUCUUAGUAACAGUAACGAAGUCUCGGGUACUAUUAACUUCAGUCAGGAAGGAAAUGGUCCAACCACUGUAACUGGAACUCUGGCUGGUCUUAAGCCUGGCCUCCAUGGUUUCCAUAUCCAUGCCUUGGGAGACACCACAAACGGUUGCAUUUCAACUGGACCACAUUUCAAUCCUAAUGGGAAGGAACAUGGUGCCCCUGAGGAUGAGACUAGACAUGCUGGUGAUUUAGGAAACAUCAAUGUUGGUGAUGAUGGAACUGUAAGCUUCACCAUUACUGACAACCAGAUCCCUCUUACUGGAUCAAACUCCAUCAUUGGAAGGGCUGUUGUUGUCCACGCCGAUCCUGAUGAUCUUGGGAAAGGUGGUCACGAGCUUAGCAAAACUACUGGAAAUGCUGGUGGCAGAGUAGCUUGUGGUAUUAUUGGGUUGCAAGGAUAG